AGAACAGGUGACGACAUCGUUGUCAUACUCGUGAUUUCAUAACACGCCAUUUUCUUUGUGUGAAGCUGACCGAGAGAAAUUUCACUUACUGUUUUCUAACUAAUUCGAGGGCACUUGUUUAAUCUUUGAUGCUAAAUCUCAAUUGUCGAAAUCGCGUGUUGACAGGUUUUCAAGCAUCGCAGUUAAACGGAUUCUAUUUUGUGUCUGUCUAAUUACACAUUAACCGCCAAAAACAACGUAUUUGGAACGUCUCCGAGCAAUGAUUUUUUUCAAGUAAUGUACAUACGUCAUUGCAAGGGGAGUACUUUUCCCAUUCACGUUCAAUGAUUCACUAAAAAAAAGUCAUCUACCCGUGACAUUCGGACCAGUGUUUUGCGUUCGCAUCGUUUUAUAGUGCGAUUUCACGUUCGUAGACUGUUGCAUGCUAAUAGGAUAUUUAUUUAAGAUCAAGAAAUAACUGUCUAACAAAAUAUUCAGUUUAUAAUUCUAAUUGUAAAAGUUCACAAUGGCUUCUCAUAAGAAACUACUGCUUAAGGUCAUUAUCCUUGGAGAUUCAGGAGUUGGUAAAACUUCUCUUAUGAAUCAGUAUGUAAGCAAGAAAUUUAGCAAUCAAUAUAAAGCUACUAUAGGUGCAGAUUUUCUUACCAAAGAAGUAAUGGUAGACGAUAGGAUAGUUACUAUGCAGAUUUGGGAUACAGCUGGUCAAGAAAGGUUUCAAUCUUUAGGUGUUGCUUUCUACAGGGGUGCUGAUUGUUGUGUACUCGUAUUUGAUGUUUCAGCACCUAGUAGCUUUAAAUCUUUAGACUCCUGGAGAGAUGAAUUCUUGAUUCAAGCUUCUCCUCGUGAUCCAGAUAAUUUUCCAUUUGUAGUACUUGGAAAUAAAGUUGAUUUAGAAUCCAAAGUGAUUCAUGGCAAGAAAGCACAGCAGUGGUGUCAAUCUAAAAACAAUAUUCCAUAUUUUGAAACUAGUGCUAAAGAAGCCAUCAAUGUUGAACAAGCCUUCCAAACGAUAGCGAAGAAUGCUUUAGCUCAAGAAAGUGAGGUGGAAUUAUAUAAUGAAUUCCCAGACCAAAUUAAAUUGACCAAUGACCAAAGAAACAAUGGCAAGGGUGAUUCUUGUGCUUGCUAGGUCUUGGAGUGGUGAAAAUUUUGGACAAGCACAUAGAUGCACAGGUCAGAUCGUACAUUCGCGUACCUGCGCAUUUUAGGAAAUACUACAUCGAGCUUGACGUGUUUUGGAAGUCUUAAGCAUGCACCUUGGUUUCUUUUACUUAGAUUUCAUCCAAAAUAUUUUUAAAGCAUAUUUACAACUUUGAAAAAUUGUUUUCAUUGGAAUUAUGUGAAGUAUUGAAAAAAAUAAAGAUAUAUGUAUAUAUGUAUAAGGAAAUUUAUAAGCAAUGCAUUUUAAACAAUAAAAUUAGACAAAUUUUGUACCAAGGAGCAUCCAUUUGGCUUCGUUACAUGAAAGACUAUGUUGUAUUUUAUAUCGUGUGUUUGUGUUGAUACUUGGCUCGUCCAGCAAUACGUUCAACACAUUAUUUCCGAAAAUUGUAAUGCUCUCUUAUUAGGUAUGGCGAACAGUAUGAGCUGCCCUUUUUAAUUGCAUCUUUACAGCUCAUUGUCGAUGUCCUUCAUUGUGGGGUAACACUACAAUGUUUUUGAAUCACAUAGAUAUAACUUAUGUUGGGAGGAAAAUUCACGGGUCGGGAACACACUUAGCAUAACAAUUAGAUCAUCACAAGUUUGCUCAUAAUUCAUUAAGUACAAUCGCAUUUAUUGAGGAGCUAUAGAAAAUUUUUUGUGGGUAUAUUCGUUCGAUCAUUUCUCAAAUCUAACUUCCUGUCAAAUUAAAUGGAAAUUUAUGUAUUUUUUAACAUCAUUGAUACAUAUAGUGUAAAUAAUUUGAUGCAGUGGGAUUUUUAUUGAAACUUUGCGAUUAUUUAACUACCUCUGAAUUUUUCUAGCAAUGCAAACCUUGCUAAUUGUUAUGUCACUCAAGAUAUUGCAGUUUUCCAAGAACAUUACAUACAUUGUUCGCAUAAAUUUAAAUAACUGUGAAUUUGUUUAAUAACAUCACAAUGUAUGUGUGAUGGUAUUGCACGAUCAUCUCAAUCUCAAAAGGCUAGUGCGUUUUCGAGGAAAAAUUCCCUUUUUAAAAACAACUCAAUAAUUGGAUAAUUUGUUAUUUGGUACACUCAAUAUGCCCACAAUACUUGCAUAUUAGUAUUUUCGUGUAUCUUUAAAUUCCUCCCUAAAGUGAGAGUCCUGAGCCGCGCUGCAGUGAUUUUUAAACGUUUUAAUUCUAUGGAAACUAUUCAGAUGUAAUCAUAAAUUUUAUCAAAUAUUGUUUAAAAAGACAUUUUUAUAUUAAACAUAUCAUGCAGUGUAUAGUAGAUAUUUGAUGAAUUAUUUUUAAAAGUUAUAAAUUUUUGCUUUUAUUUUUCUUACAUUCAAUGUUAUUGCAUGCAUUAUAUUUUCAAGAUUAUUUAGUUUGUCCAAAAGAAUUCAUUAAUAGUUAAAGGGUAAUUUUAUUGUCAUGUGUGAAUAAUUUUUUUUUAGAAUCAAACUUUUUCAAUGAAAAGACAUUUGUUGUACAGCAACUAUAUUCUGUUGAAUUAAUACGUUUAUAUAAAAAAAAGAAAAGAAGGAUUUAUAAAAGUGAUAUUAUUAUUUGAUAUAAUUGUGCAAAAAUUAUGCGACGCGGUGCCGACGAUCACUUUCAUAUUUAAAAAAAAAUAUAAUUUUAGAUGUAAGUCACCAUCCUGAGAAAUUUAGAGCAGAAGAUUGCGUGAGCUGAAUUGAUACAUACAUAUAAGAUUUCUUAUGAGAAGGUUUAGUACGUGUAAUAUAUGCGUACUUCUAUGAUAAUAGUCCUGCACGUUGAAACGUGCGUAAUCAUACAUGUAUGCAUAUACACGUAAUAUAUAUGUAUAUAAAUGAUGAUGGUCAUGACGAUUACAAUUAUAAUUAUUAAUAUAAUUUUAUCGAAAUAUGUUAAUGAUAGUUAUUAAAAAUAUUAUCAUUAUUGCUGCUGCUGCUGCUAUAAAACUACUAUUGCUACUCUUAGUUUUAAGUGAACUAAAAAAAAAAAAAGAAGAAAUACAUUUAUUGCAACAAAAUCAUGAGCUGGUCGAAUUAAUUCGCUGAUAUAUCUGUGCCACGGAUAAUCAUCGUGUGACCUGAAACAAAAUAUAAGACUAUCAUUAUCCCUAUUAUGACUCGAUGUCUAUGUUGUUAUUAUGGAGAUGAAUGUCUGUUGAGAUAGAUAGUAAAUCUAGCAAACCCUGUACGAAAUAGCAUAUAAGAUUAAAAUAUAAUUCAACAUAACAUUAAUUUAAUAAUUGAAAGAUAAUGGCAAGAAAUGGCUGUUUUCAAGUAAAAGAAUAGCCUAUAACACAGUGUAGUUUUAUUCGAAAGUUUUAACAUGUUAUGUUUCAACCGAUGUAAAUUAAAUAUUUACCCCUUGUACGAUUGUAAAAAAGUAUUCGUUUUUAUAUAAUGCAAUUUUAUCUUUCCUUUGAA